GCUUCAAUCCCUCGAUUCAUGCAACUGGCUCAUAUUCAACCAUAGAUUUUAAUAAAGACGUGUUCGCGAAAGGACAGAGUUCUGUGAAAGCUAUGGAACUAAUAAUCUGGUUUUUAUUUAAUGAUUUGGACAGUACACUGACAAAGGAUAGAUUCUUUGACUGUUGGCCAGUUCUUACUCCUGCACAUUCAGCAAAAUUUCGCAACAUCGCUUACAAGUGGUUGGAACAAUUGAAAAAGGAGGGGUGUUUAGGGUACACGGAUAUCAUAUUAAGACGAAGUGCAUUUGAUGAGUGUCAAGGUGAAAGGUUCGAACGUGUUGUAAUGGCAUUUUCGAAUUAUGUUGUCAAAGUAUCUCUGGAUAGAGAAUAUCAAAAUUAUUGCCAAGCUUGCCAUGAACUUUGGAAAGAUUUAGCUAAUAGUUUAUCAGAACGUUUACGUAAUGUCACAGAAAAAACCAACCAAUUGGAGCGAGAAAUAUCUGGAUUUUAUAAAGGAAAAUACUUGUUUGAAACAUUUGAAAAUUUGUCCAUAGAACAACUUUCUUUACUGAGAUCUCAGAAAUUAGAUAGUGCACGUUCUGCAUGGGAAUCAUGUUUAUAUUGGAUUAGGGAUACCCAAAACUUUACUGAUUGCGUUGAGAACAUAAUGCAUGAUCGUACAAAUAAUCAUAGAUUAGAUGGACAAGAAUUAUCACUGGAAGUUCCCGAGAUUAUGAUGACUAUGUGGGAAAAAGCUUUUCAAAAAGUAGAACAAAUUAAUCCUUUUCAGGGAGGAAAAAAAGAUCUUAGAUCUUUACUAAAAUUAUGGAAAUUUUCUCUGCAAACUUUAAGUAAUCAAUUUUUUAAUCCAUCAACGAUUAAACAACUUCAAGCUCAAGAGUUAAGUCCCAAUAAAUAUAAGUUCAAAAAUGGGAAUCUAUCUUGCACUUUAAAUAAACUUGAAGAAUAUCUGCCAGAACAACAAGAACAGAUUAGAAGUCUUUAUUCACUUAAAAAUUUAUUGCGUACUCGUUUAAGUGGAAUAAAUGAAUCGAUUAGGUCAUUACAUGAAGAUGAGGAUCUUGGUAAUGCUGCAAAAAAGGUACUUAUAGGUUAUGAAAGUAUAGUAAAUAUUAAUAAUGUUAUUUAUCGUUCAGAUAAAUAA